UUGUUUGAAUUUCAAAACUAUUAUUAAUAUCUCAAUCUUGAAUGUAAACACAGCAAACAAAAACCAGUUUUUUGGAACCAAUAACUACAGAGACUUUCAAGAAAUGGGCCCAGGGCUCAAACUUGGACUGCUCAUUCAACUUAUUCUAGAGACCAGCGUGCUCACUGUAAGUUUACCGUGCCUCCCACUUCUUUUGUCAUGUUAAAUUGAUCUUUUAAACUUGAUAAUUAUUCUUGGUACACAUGUUGGGACAGCAGAACAUACUGUUUAGCAGAGGUGCUGAAAAGGUAGGAAUAGGGGACAUUGAGGGAAUGGUUGGUUAAAUUAACACAAGUAAUGGAAAUCAUUCUUAUUAAGGACUCUACCGCGCCAGGGGCAUCCUUCAUGAAUGACACUGGAGCCAACUCUGUGAAUGACUUGGCAGCCAAGGUGCGCGAUGAUCCUCUGUUCCUCAUCAAGAAGAAAGAGGAAGAGAAGAGGAAGGAACUGCUUCACAAUCCAGUGAAGAUGAAGCAGUUGAAACAGAUGCUUCAAGCUAACUUGGAGAAGUCAAAGAAGAAGAAAAAGGACAAGAAAAAGAAGAGUAAGAGAGAGAAAGAAGGGAAAACAAAGAGGAAGGAGAGACAUGUGGAGAGAAGUGAUGAAUCUGAAGAAGAGACAAGGGAAGUGGCCAACCAAAAUGGAAAAAUAAGAAAUGAGAGUCACAGAAAGAGAAGGGGUGAUUCAGAAGAGGAAAUGCACAAAAUGGCAAAAGAAAACAAGAAAAGGAGGAAUAGGAGGCACAGGGGGAGUGACAGUGAGUCAGAAGAAGAUGCAAGGGAAAGAACAAGAGAAAACAAGCAAAAGAGACAUGAAGAAGAAAGGGGAGAAAUAAUGAAUGGGACUCAAAGGAAUCAUCAUCGAGAAAUGGAGAGAAGUAGAGUUGAUGAAGAGGUUGAAGGAAGAGGAAACCAUUACAGAAAUGGAAGCCAUCACACUAGUAGACACAGGUAUCCUGAGAAAAGAAGGCCUCAAAGACGAUCACGUUCAAGAUCACUAACGACAAGGAGAGAGAGUGGUAGGAAGGACGACAGAAGACACAGACAUAACUCAUCGUCUUCACCUUCAAAGGACAGGAGACACGGAUCCCGAUCUCCAUGGAAAAGAAGAAGUCGUUCGCCUGUACACUCACCCCCCAGGAAGUCACGCAAAUCUCCUUCUCCUGUUAGAGAAAAAGCAUGGCAGAAAGGGGGGUCUGCGGUCACUAAACACAUGGAUGACGCUGAGAAAGAGAAAAGACUUGCAGCAAUGAUGGAAAAUGCCAAAUGGCGAGAUGAGCAGCGAGGAAAGAAUGUCAAACGAUACAAGGAGGAAGAUGCGAGAUUAGAGGCCAACGAAGCUUUGAAUAAAGAUAAAAGUGCCACGUUUAUAAACGACAUGAAGAUUCAAUCGUUUUCAUCGAAGGCGACCUCCUCUGUUAGUGAUCGUAUUCGACGAAACAUCAACUCCGUUCAGCGGACACCCGCCGCACUGGAGUCGUUUUUGGGAAAAUAACUACGAUUCCGAUUCCGAAGAUGGACGACAGGGGUGUGCCGAGUUCCGAAGACUGACGAAAGGGUUGUGCCGAGUUCCGAAGAGUGACGAAAAGGGUGUGCCGAGUUCCGAAGACUGACAAAAUUGUUUCGCAGAUUGGAUAAAGGAGGGCAGUUAUUGGUGGUGCUCGUCUGGUACCUCGGUGAAACUGGAGGACUGGAAACAACUCGCGCCAACUCUCGUCGAUAAUCAGUCCUCCGAGCUCGGCAUUAAGAAUUGGCCGCACGUGAAGGAGGCAAGCGGGGGGCUGGAAGCAGAUUGGUAGACCGCCUGGGAGUACAAGACUGCGCCCAGCGUUGACAACAAAUGUGAACACUGACGAUCAAGCCAGUAAAUUAAACAGUAGUAACAAACAGGUUCUUUCCUUGUAAACUGUACUUUGUAUUUAUCUUAUUUAAAUGUUUGUUUAGAAACAUAAGAUCUUCUUGUAUAAAAAUAACUGACUUUUUUAUGAUAUAAUAGUCGUAUUUUGCUUCUGUUACGUUUUUACUUUUUCUUUUUAAGAAAAAGAAAACAUGUACCGUGUUUCUACCGAGUUUUAGUAUAAAUCUACUAGCG